AUGUCGUUUAACGUGCGUUUACCUUUAGCCAAGGCUGUUUUCGAUCAUUUUAUUGGCCUUAAGCCACAUCCAUCUUUUUGUCAGGCAACAUACAUAUGGAUCGAUGGGACAGGAGAAACUCUGCGCUCAAAAACACGAACAAUUGAAAAUGUACCGAAAAGUAUUAAUGGUUUUCCAUUAUGGAGCUUUGAUGGUUCCUCGACUGGACAAGCUCUUUCGGGUCAAGAUUCUGAUACAUAUCUUAAACCUGUUGCACAUUAUCCUGAUCCAUUUCUUGGCGGCAACAACAAACUUGUUUUGUGCGAAACUUAUAAUCAUGAAAUGAAACCUACCGCCACCAACCAUCGUAAUUUCUGCAACGAAAUUAUGGAGAAAUGCAAAAGUGAGAAAAUAUGGUUUGGUAUGGAACAGGAAUACUUACUUUUGGAUAGGGAUGGUCAUCCGUUAGGAUGGCCAAAACAUGGCUUUCCGGAACCACAAGGUAAAUAUUACUGCGGGGUUGGAGCAGAUAAAAUAUUUGGUCGACAAGUGAUAGAUGCGCAUUAUAGAGCUUGUUUAUAUACUGGCUUACAGCUUUUUGGCAUUAACGCAGAAGUAACACCUGGACAAUGGGAAUUUCAAUUAGGAACAUGUGAAGGUAUUUCUAUGGGCGAUCAACUUUGGUUGGCACGAUAUUUACUGCAUCGCGUUGCCGAAAUGUAUGGCGUACUGGUUACAUUCGAUCCGAAACCAGCAAUAACACUUGGCAAUUGGAAUGGCGCUGGCUGCCAUUGUAAUUUUUCUACAGAGAAAAUGCGCUCGGAAGGUGGUAUUAAAUACGUUGAAGAAGCAAUUAAAAAGCUUGAAAAGAAACACAAAGAGCAUAUAGCUGUGUAUGAUCCGCAUGGUGGCAGCGAUAAUGUACGUCGCUUAACGGGUGAACACGAAACAUCGAGCAUUCAUCAAUUUUCAUGGGGUGUAGCUAAUAGAGCGGUUUCAGUUCGUAUACCGAGAAUUGUUGCCAGAGAAAAAAAGGGUUUCCUGGAAGAUAGACGUCCAUCAUCGAAUUGUGAUCCAUACGCUGUCACUGGAAUAAUGACAAAAACAAUUUUACUAGAUUGA